CCGUUCCUUUCACGUCCCGAUGGCGAGUCUCGGCUGGAAACGGCGUCUAUCCAUUCCUUUCCACAGAUGCCGCCUGGACCCUGCAGGUGCAUCCGAUGCAGCAGCGAGCAAGUUGUCCGCUGGGCCUGCCGACAGUAUGGCCAGUCUGUGCAACCUCUGCGAGUUCGUGCGGUACAUUUCCCCUUUAAGGAGGAGAGACAGCAGCGCAUUUCCUGUGAUGUAUUGAGUCGAGUCCUGGCCCGAGGAAAGGUUGCCCCUGGCCCGGGAGAGGUGCCUUGUUCGGCGGCGGGGGCUCGGCCACCGAGUCAAGGUCGGGCACACUUCAGUGCUCAGGAGGUCCUGGCGGGAGGAGGCAAGUCCUGUGGGGCAGACGUCCCGAGAAUGGCGCGGCCCAGCCACAGCGAGUACGUCCUUCAGCAGCUGAACAACCAGCGAGAAUGGGGCUUCCUCUGCGACUGCUGCAUCAUAAUCGGCGACAUCUAUUUCCGUGCCCACCGCGCCGUGCUGACGGCCUGCAGCUCCUACUUCCGCAUGCUGUUCAUCGGGCAGCAGCAGCUGACCGGGGACCUCAGCCUGAGUCAGGCUCCCGUCACCGCCGAGUGCUUCGACCUCAUUCUGCAGCUCAUGUACCUGGGCCGACUGGUUGGCGUUCCCUCGGACUUUGAGGAGCUUCGCUCGGCCAUGACCUUCCUGCAGCUCUACUACGUCCCCCGGAGUCUGGAGGAGGUGCGGGAGGACGGUGCCCCCUCCCCACCCUUCGGCCCGCCGAGGGGCUCCAUGCUGUUUGGCGUCCGAAUGCACGGCCUGCUGCCAGGGGAUGGCAAGGUUCCCAGGGCCGGGCCCAAGGAUCAGGCUGGCGACCCGGAGCUGAACGGGACAAGAGAGGCGGCGACGGUGGCUGACACCAGCCCCGAAAGGCCCAGCCGCAAGCCAAGCCGGGGCAACGGGCUGAAAGGGGGCCGUCUCCACCGGCGGUUCGGCCGCCGCUACACCUGCGACCGCUGCGGGUUCGUCUUCAGCUGCGAGCGGCUGCUGGACGAGCACUCGCUAACCUGUGACAGCCGGCGGGCCCUGCCCCAGCCCGGCGAUCCGCCAGCAGCCCGUGGCGGGGGGCCGCCCACCUUGGACACCGUGGCGGCAGCUGGCGAGGGAGAGGCGGGCUGCACGCGGCCCGAGGUCAAGACGGAGCCCGAGGACACAGCGGCCACCGACCUUGGCGAUUUGACGGUUGUGCAAGUGGCAGCAGAGGGUGAGCUAACUCCCGGCCUGGAGGAAGGCCUGUCACCGCCCUACAGCCGGCCGCCCCCUCCAGAGCGGGGCCCGGGCAGCUGGACGGAUGAGGAGGAGGAGGAGGAUGAGGAGGAUGGCGGCCUGAAGGAGGACGACGAGGGGGCAGGGGCGGGCGGCAGCCCUCUGGGCCCGGCCUGCGAGCUGUGUGGCGUGGCGCUGCCAGAGAGCGAGCGUGCCGAGCACUACGUGGCCCACCACCGGGAGAGCGUGUGCGCUUGUGGCAAGUGCGGCCGCGUCCUGGUGAAAGGCGGCCGCCUGCAGGAGCACGCCGAGCGAUGCCUAGCCACUGGCGACCUGGGCCUGGAGCAGCUGCCGGAGGAGGCCUGCGCCUGCCCAGUGUGCGGGCAGGCCUUCCCAGCGUCGUGGCAGCUGGAGGAACACCUGCAGGAGCAUCAGGUGGCGGAGGAGACGGUGGGGGUGACCGCCGACGCCACCUACCGCUGUCCUCGCUGUCCGCUGGUCUUCGAGGAGGAGCGGCCAUGGGCUGAGCACGUGGCACAGUGCCGGCCGAGCCCACCUGGGCCAGAGGGUGUGUCUUCGCCCCGCCGCCGGCACGUCUGCCAGCUGUGCGGCCGGGGCUUCUACCAGCGCUGCCACCUGCGAGAACACCAGGCCACACACACCCGGGAGCGCGAGUUCACCUGCCCGCUCUGCGGCAAGAGCUUCUUGCGCGAGCGGCUUCUGCGGCUGCACCUCGACAUGCACCGAGGCGAGGCCCGUUACGUGUGCCCGUGCUGCGGCCAGGGCAGCUACCGCAAGCAGGAGCACCUGCGGCACCUGGCCUCGCACCUGGAUGCCGGGCAGGCCCUCUGCGAGGUCUGCUUCCAGGUGCAGGCCGACGGCCGCAUGCUGGAGCGCCACAUGCAACUGCACAUGCACACCUGCCCGCAGUGUGGUGACCGCUUCAAGCUCAAGAAGGACCUGAGCACCCACCAGCUCACCAGCCACACCAAGAGGGCAUGACACAGGGGGCAGAGGUAGGAAGGAGAUGCCUGCCUCUGGCACCCCACACUCCCACUAUCCCCCCCCAGGGGGCAACCUGCUUGCCCUGAUUGGGUCUGGCCUCUGAUAUGUUGCAAGGGAUUUCUCCCCUCCCUGUUCCCCCCUCCGUCCCCUCACUCUUCUCUCACCCUGGGACUGGGUGAACUCUGAAGCUCGGAGUGAGUCAGGAGUGGAACAGCUUGGGAUGUUCUUUACCCCACCACGAGGCCGAGCAAACAUGCCCUUCAGCAUAAUGAUUGGCUUUGCCAUUGGUGGCCAGGUAGUGGGAGUGGUUAUUUUUUUUAAAUGGUGGGGUGUGGGAAGAGAAGGAAGAGGUUAGGUUGUGGGUAUAUGUCUACACUGGGCCAAAGACAAAUGAUGGAGGGAGUGUGAGAGUGCGAGGCAUUCUGACAGAUCGAAGUGUGACAGGGUCAGAUGGACUUGAAGCUUCCUCAGGGCAGCUCCUGAAGUCCUUUGGUAAGGAGACUUUCUCUCUCUCUCUGCCCCCCACCCCCCAAACACCUCCUGCACCCACUUUCCCGGUUCAGUUCUCUGUUGAGGUCUGUACCUCUGUGCAGUUGUCCAGCCUUAUCACUGACGCUGGGGGAGGCAGUUCACCUCCGUCGUCUGGCUGCAGAGAAUGUUUUACUUAUUGGUUACUACUUUUGUUUUUAUCUUGGGCCUCCUUUAAGCCUUACAAAAGCAAUACAUAAAAUGAACUGUAAGUCGUUGUACUGUUUCUCAGAGCCUCGAUAGAAUGUUUAAAUCCUAUUUCACUUCUUAUUCCAUGUUAAUAAAGUUCUGUAUGUAAACAGUGACGUCAACAUUGUGCUUCCUGUUUGUGUCUCUCCUGCAGAGCCCUCUUGGUUAUAGCAUGUGGAACAGUAUAGACUGGACAGACUGUUUGGCCCAUUGUGUUGUGCUGAUUAAUAUGGGGGUAUCAUGCUAGCGUAACAGCUGUGAGAUCAGGGUUCGAUUCCUGCAGCUGUCUGCACUGUGGCCAUGGGGGGUUUCCUCUGGGUGCUCUGGUCUCCUCCCACACUUCAAAAAUGUACAGUUCAGGAUUAGUAAGCUGUGGCCAUGCUAUGGAAACAGGGUGACAUGCAGCACAAUUCUCACUGGUUUGAUUUAAUGCAAAUAACUCAUUUCACUGUAUGUUUCAAUGUACGUGUGAUAAAUAAAGCUAAACUUUAUA